AACAAAGAAUGCAAAAAAACAAUUCUGGCGAUGGCUGCCAUUCGGCAUUGAAAAUCGAAAACAUUGGUACUGGGGUUGAGAACGAAUUAUUGAUGAACGACAAAAAAGAAGAAUCUGAGAAACAAUUUUUUUCAUCAACUAGCUCAGAUAUGAAGAAACCAGUAGAUAAAUAUUAUAUUGUAUACCUUAUAUUUCUAGUACAUGGUGUAGCUGUUUUAAUGCCUUGGAAUAUGUUUAUCAAUGCUAAUGAUUACUUUACCAAGUUUAAAUUGAAAAGUCCUGAUGUAGCCGAGUCCUACAACUUCUCCGAAAAUUCUACAACCUCUGCUAACCUUAUAACGACGCCUAGAACUGAUACGGCUGUCGAUACUUACAGGACAUUUUUUCUAAAUUUUCUUGGUGUUGUUUCUCAGGUGCCUAACGUUUUCAUUAAUUUAAUGAACGUUUUGUCUCAGAGAAAAUCAUCAAAAUCAGGAAAUAAUCACUUAAGGAUCGUUUUAAGUUUAAUAAUGAUAACACUACUAUUCAUCAUUACCAUUAUUUUGGCUAUGGUUGAUUCCACAACAUGGCAAUCAGAAUUCUUUUGGAUUACUAUGGUGACAGUAGUUGUCAUGAAUUUGGCUAGUGGGCUAUAUCAAAAUUGCGUAUACGGUUUAGCUGCUCUCUUACCUAUGAGAUAUAGUAAUUCGGUUCUUAUUGGUACAAGCAUUUCUGGGAUUAUUACAGCGCUCUUAAAUCUAUUAACUCAGUAUUUAUCACCAAAUCCUCGAACUGCUGCUAUUUUUUACUUUUUAGCAGCAAUUUUCGUUCUCCUAAUAGCCUUUGACACCUACUUUCUUGUCCAAUUACUACCGUUUUUUAACUAUUACCAUGACUUGUCGAGUAAGGGCACUGAAAUGGUUGAAAAGUCAGAAAAGAGUGAAAAAGUUGAGGAAAAGGUAUCUAGUUGGCCUCCCUAUUUCAAAGUUUUGAAACAAUGUUGGAGACAUUGUCUAGGCGUAUAUCUUGUCUAUUUUGUUUCACUUUCUUGUUUUCCCGCAUUACAAAGCUCAAUUGAAAGAUCUAGCGAUAGCUUUUGGAUAAGUAAAAAGUACUAUGUGUCAAUAGCAUGUUUUCUAAUAUUCAACCUUUGCGCUGGACUGGGUAAUCUUUCAACAGAAUUCUUUCGAUGGGUAAGUUGAUUUUUCUUAUUACAUUAUUGAUAAAAGGACGCUCUAGAAGGCGGUUACUAGGAAAAUAUAAUAUAUAAAUAUUAUAUAAAUCUCUUUAAUGUUUUUUCCUGGUAAAAUAUCACACAAAUUUUCCAUUGAGGACGAUAACGGAUCGUUAAUUCCAAUUUCCGACUCUAGCACUUAUCCAAUUCAUGAAUGUAUCUAGUAUUUACAUAUUGAUGACCAUUUUUUAUACAUUUCAGCCUAAACCAAAAUUCGUUCUUAUACCUAUCAUCAUGAGGAUUGCUUUCAUACCAUUUUUUAUGUUCUGCAACGCUCGACCCGAUGGUAUAAGAUCUAGCAACAUGCCAUUACUAUUCAACAAUGAUUACGUUUACAUAAUUGGAUCGAUUUUAUUGUCCUACACAAGUGGCUAUUUUGCCAGUUUGUCGAUGAUGUAUGCCCCAAGAAACGUCGAAGUCCAACAUAAGGGAUUAGCUGGAAUGAUGGCUGCCUUCUUUUUAAUCUUGGGAAUAUUCUCAGGGGUUCUGUGUAGUUUCCCUUUGCUUUAUAUUGUUAAAAAUGUAUAAUUUUAUUCUACUAUCGUUUGCCAUAUCGCUUGUUAUGUAUUUUAUUGGAAAAAGUUGCCAGUUGCCUAUGUUUUAUUUUCUUUUUUCUAUCAUUAUUUUGUUUUAAAGUUUAUAUUUUUAGAUACUUUUUAGUCAAAUAGGGAAGGGUUUUGUGUUGCUUCUUUCGUUUUUUUUAUAGUCUAGUAUUCAUAUCUUUUGCAGAUGUUUGUCUAACAUCUUCAGCCAUAUGUUCAAAGAUGAAAGCCAUUAAGAUUUCUUUUUCAAGAAAAAAGCAAUUGCAAAUAAGAAUAAAGAGUAACGCCACAACUUUUUUCAUCCUUAAUUUUAUUAGCGUUUUAUUGAUUUUGUAUACUUUCAACUUAAAGAUGGGAACAAAAAUUUCACAUUUUCAGAGAAUUAUCUUUUGCUGCUCUUGCAGAUUUUUUAAUGCUAUUAUAAUUCAAGAAGCUUUUCCCAUGUAAUUUCCUUGUAUUCUUUUAAUACAAGAGCUCUGUCGUUAUCUGUUGAAUUACUGUUAAAUUUUUCUGCUGUACCUUUUCCUAAUGUUCCUUUUCUGAACGACUUUUCCUUCAAGAAUCAAAUAUCUUUUAGCUUUAAACCUCUUUCUUUAACCAUCUUUGUGCUAUCUGCUGAUUUUAACGAAACAACAUAUCUUUUUAUUUUAGAAAUGCUUCAACGUCAAUUGAAGAUGAAUCUCUCUUUGACCAAUGUUUCGUUGCCCACUCUGCAUUGAAAUCUUGAAACAUUGGUGUUUAAAUCUAUUUGAGUGAAAGACAGGUGGAAAAACUUAAUUAAACUAACACAAUACGAGAAAUCUUCAGAACGUUUUUCACUCAAAUCCCUCUUCCCAGUGAUUGACUCGUUAAAAUUUUCUCCCAUAUCUACAAAAAUGACAAUUAGAUUAUAGGCUACACUUUGUGAAAUAAUAGAAGGAGAAAGCUUAAUUCUUCAGAUUUCAUUUCACUCUUUGAUUCUAGAAUUAGUGGAGAAGAUAAGAUCUAAUUGAAAGCCUACAAGUUUUAAUAUUUGCUUAGAAAAACUAGAAUGAGAAGUAGCUUGUCAACUGAACGGUUAGGAUUAGGGUUAAAAAGGUAAAAUUGUGAUCGUUCUUUCUUCGGAAUUCUGUAGAAAAGGAAAAGAGAUAAUUAUGUUUUUGGCCCUUUCAAACUUUUUAUUGACAACCACGUCGAGGUAGUUAUUUACCCCAAGUCAAUAUAUAUGAAAAUGUAAUAGAGUCGUUUUACAUAUAUAAAUCAAUAGCUUACUAUCAAAGUUUCUUUUCAAUAUCGGAUAGUCGUUGGGAACAUUGAAAAGAAAAAUGUCGGAAAUUGAUAGCAUAAAUGAAGCAAUUAAAUUGUCAUAAACUUUCCUAUUGCUAACGGAAAUACAACUUCAAUAGAAUCUUCAACAUUUCUUUCUUACACAAGAGAAUGAGAAGAAAUGAUUUUCCCCCUCUACAUCUUCCAAUUGCUCCACAGACAUUUUGUUAUCAUUGUAGUUUUUAAAUAAAUUUUGUAUAAAAAAAGAUAUCUUUUAAUAUGAUUGUACACUUAACUAGCCAUUAGAAGAUCAAGUAUAAAAGAUACCCUCAUUA